UUCUGUUUUGUUGUUUUUUCACAUGACUUUAAAUUGUUAUAUUGUUUGGUGAUGAGUCAUAAUGGAGGAUGGGUGAGAGACCUCUGAGCCCUCCCUCUGUCUACAUCUCGAGUUCAUGCGGAGGUCUGAAUGCGACUCUACAGAGCAGAAAGCAGAAAUGUGUAGCUGUGGUCUACUGUAUCAGCUGUAACCUCAAGAUUUCAAAGCUGUUGUGGAAAUAUUGCAAAUUGUAUUGAUGUGGAGAUGAUGAUCGCAGUGCUGCUGCUCCUGACUGUGAAGUCAGCAGGAACUCUGAGCGCUGCUUGGUCCGUGACAUUUGAAAACCCAGAUCUUUGUGCUGUAAAGGGAUCAUCUGUGACUUUUAGGUGCAUAUACAACUACACAGAUGGGGAAACUGUUAGAAAGACUGGAUGGUACAAGGGACAUUUAAAAAAUGACGUCUGGAAACGGGUUGAGCUUUCAGACCUUCCGUCUUAUCACCAUCGUUAUGAAUAUCUCGGCGACGAGCAGCACAACUGUAGCCUGGCAGUUCAUGACCUGCAGGUUAAUGACACAGGAUAUUACUACUUCCACUUUGGCACGGAUACGAUAGGAUGGCGUAGUAAAAGUUCUGUGUGUCUGACCGUCUCAGAGGUGAGAGCCACAGUGCAGCCGGAGAGAGUGAGAGCUGGAGAAAAGGUGACUCUUAAAUGUGUAACAUCGUGCCAAAACGGAAGCACAGUCUGGUUCAAAGAUGGACAUCCAAUGACAAAAACAUUGUUGUGGGCGCAGGCAGAAGACACUGGGAAAUAUUCAUGUACUGUCAAGGGGCAUGAGUCAGUGCAGUCACACCCUGUUGCUCUGGAUGUUCAGUAUUCUCCACUGAACGUGUCUGCUGAGGUGAGUCAGGCUGGCCUCCUGUCAGUGGGCAGCAAUGUGAAUCUGACCUGCAACAGUGCCGCUAACCCUGAAGCAGACAACUACACCUGGUACAGCUCCAGCUCCAGGCUUCAGGUGGCCUCAGGCCAGGUGCUGUCUCUUCCCUCUUUGGAGGUGUCCCACAGUGGAGUGUAUCUCUGCCGGGCCGGGAACAGUGUCGGAGAAAGCAACUCGACGGCGGUCCUGCUGGAAGUGGGAGAAACAAAGAUUAAUCGUGUUAUCCUUCUUGUUGGUAUUGGAGUCAAAGUGGUUUUGAUGCUUUUCCUUACACUGAUUAUUAUCUGGGUUCGGAAGGGGUGGUGUCAUCCUGCUGGGGACAGUGAGAUGGACAGCCAUGAUUAUGAAAACAUGAAAAUGCGAAAUGGGUAAAAAUAACCCAGAAAACAAGAACCCACACAUACUAUUACCAUUUGCUAAAUGUUGUCAGUACAAAGGCAGUAGACUUUAAAGCAAGUUUUAGAGAUAGGAGACAUUUUAUGAGAGUUUGAACUUAUUUAAGAGAUCAGAGGUCUAAAGUAAUAUGAUAUUUAGAAAAUCCAUAUACAGCAAGUAAAAUUAGUAUUGAAUAUAAUAUAAUAUGUAACUAUUGAAUACGUCACCAAUUCAGUAAGUAAAUAUACUUCCAAAGGUGCUAUUGUCACUAAACCCAUCAAAUCCACACGUUAUGUAAUAUUUUGUACAAAAGCCUUUGUUGGUGAUGACAACUUCAAAAUGCCUCCUAUAUAAAGAGAAACUAGUCGCAUGCAUUGCUCAGGUGUAAUUUUGUCCCAUUCUUCCACACAAGCAGUCCUGAUGGUUCACUAGAGCCCUUCUGUGAACUCUGACCUUUAGUUCUUUCCAUAGAUUUUCACUUGGAUUCAGGUCAGCUGAUUGGCUGGAUCAUUUUAGCAGCUUUAUUUUCUUCCUCUGAAACCAACUGAGGGUUUCCUAGGCUGUGUGUUGAAACGUCCACCCUCGUUUCAUCUUCAUCAUCCUGGCAGCAGAUACAUUUUUUCAUUCAUCCGUCCUUCAGUUAUAUUAAGCAUGUUGGUAUAGUGUUGUUGGGGUGAUAUAUGUAGUGCCUUUUAAUCUCCAAACAUGGUGUGUAUUAUGGCAUCUAAAGAGUUUUUCAAUUUUGUCUCCUAUGACCAGACUGUAUUCUCCAAGUAUUUCACAGGCUUGUCUAAAUGUUCUUUAUUAAACUUUAAAUGUGUUUCAGCACGGGUUUUCUUCAACAGUGGAGCUUGUGUGGUGAGCGUUGAAACACUUGGAACUGCUGUUUUUUCCACGUCUUUCAGUAGCUCUCCACAUGUGCUCCAUGGCUGUUGGACAACUCUUCUGAUAAUUCUUUUUAUUCCUUUUACUGAAAUCUUGCAGGGAGCGCCUGAUCAUGGCCGGUUUAAGGUGAAAUGAUGUCCUUUCCACUUCCAGAUUUCAGCCCCAACGGUGCUCACUGGAACCCUCAGUAGUUUAGAAAUCCUUCCAUAACCAAAGCCGUCAGUAUGUUUUGCAACAAUAAGGCUGCAAAAGUCGCGAGAGAGCUCACUGGUUUUACCAUCAUGAGAUGUUUCUUGUUUCACACCUGGGUAGUAACACACCUUUUUAUAGGCCACCAGUUGGGACUGAACCAGCUGAUAUUAAUUUGCACUAAGUGGCAGCAUUGCUUUCUAAUUGCUGAUAGUUUUCCUCUGCUGCUGUGACUUUCCACAUCUUUUUGCAUCUCUCUUUCUUCCUGUGUUCAAUAUUUUUUCACUGUGUCGUUUCUCAUUAUUACACCUAAUGGACAUCUGUGGUUUGCUUUCUUUGCAUGUGUGGAUUGGAUGGGUUUUUACUGACAUCUGGUGAGAAUUUCAUGCCAAUAGCACCUUUAGAAACAUAUUUACUCAGAAAAUUGGUGACAUGAUGAAUACUUAUUUUACCUGCUGAAUCAGCCCUUAUAUGUUGUCAAUAAAAACAAUGGCAUUUAGAAAUGUAGUUGUAAAUAGCUCUAUAUAGCGUUAGUCACUUUUACCUUGGAGGAGAGGUCAGCAGUCAUGUGACAUGAAAUUUGAAAUCUUCAUACAGUACUUUCUAUAUGUUGCCAAUAUGCACCACACUGGCAGGAAUUAUAGUCUCUAAGUUAUAAGGAUUUUUAUCUUUGUCCAAUAAAUGAUUAACUUGACCUAGAAGACCUUGGUGGAUGUAAGCCAAAUUUGAAUGGAUGGUUAAGAUGACCUCACUCUGGAAUCAAUUCAGAUUUUUAGCUGUCAGACAGAAUGACACGCACAGAAAACAUAACAGGGUUAUACAGAAAGAAAGAAGAAGAAGCUGAGCUGCAAGGUUGCCUUCGUUAAUACUGGGUCAUUGUUCAAUGUAACAGCGAAGCGGAGGAAGAAAAUAUAAAUGAUGUAAAUGAUAUAAAUGAUGUUUAAUUCAGCAAUUGAGGCCCACAAGCCUAGGUGUGAAUAGGAAUUCUCCUGGGUGAAAUUGAGAGGUCAUGUGAUCAGUUUAAAUCUUCCUUCACACCAGUGUGUUAUGUUAGCCACAUUGUUGAUGCGUGGACAUAUGACUUUCAUUGGUUACAACAGUUUCUGCUCCCCCUUCAGUUUACAAUAAGCAUAUGCAUUCUCUUCUGCUCACAGGUCACAUGACACUGUGGCUGGAACUGUUAAGGUUAAUAUUAUAAAAUGUUCAGUGUUAAGUGUAACAGAAGCUUGGAUAAAUAUUGGCUGCCAUAUAACUAUAUAAAGACUAUUUU